CCGCCGCGCUCGAAGCAAGUCUCAAUCUAAAACAUAAAUGAACACCUUUAAAAAUUAACUAUCAGUGAUACAAAAAGAAAAAAAACUAACUAGUUUUAUGUUUUGAUUAUUAUCAACACAACACUAAUUGGAUUGGCAUUUGAAUACAAACUUUUAGAAAGCUUUGGUAUUGAUAAAAGUUUGUUUUUCGUUUGCAAGGACAGUGUUACGAAAGUUCAGAUUGCGAGUUUCAAAGUGUUUUUUUUUUUAAUUCAGCUUAUUCCGGGAUUGUUGCGUGUUUGUGCGAAUUAGAAGGCCCUGCUUUGGUUGCGAAUUCUGACUUGGAAUUAUUCCAUUUACAAUUACUCAUAAUUGAAGUUAUUAAACAAUGACAUAAGGCUCCAACAAAAUGGCGUUGCGACUUAAAAAGGAUAUCAAGAAAGCGUCGUAUUACGUUUGGUUCCUCGGGGCUCAGGAAUCUCGCGGUCUGCGGGGCGAGGAGUUUGCGCUACCGGCGAUCACGUUACUGGAGGAGAGAGCGAGGGAGUUGGAGCCCUUCAAGGUUACGUUGCAGGUUUCACAUAAAGGCCUGAAAAUUAUACAGAAUGUAACAGCCAAGGGAAAACAGCAGACGAUCAAGCAUUUCAUACCUCACGGCAGCAUCACGAGUGCCGUGUCACAAGGAGAUGUGGUCGCGUGUGUGUUACUGCUGUACAACCCUCUCACCGGCUGCCCUGUUCACGUCCACGCUUACAGAUGCGACUCUGAGCACACGGCGGAGAUGCUCUACACGCAUUUACAAGCGCUGAUCGAUAGGCCGGAGAAUCAAAAGAAAUUCGCCGAUAUCGAACGCAAGCUUCAAAUGCGCGGGGCUCUUCCGACCAGCAAGAAGCCUCCGGAUUCGUCGCUGGGCAGCGAAGUGUCCAGAGAGUCGGACUCCGGGAGCAACGAAGAGAGAUGCGUCGCGAACCUAUAUGACAGUCUGGCUGCUGAGCUCAAGCAAAAGUUGUCGACAGGUAAAAAGGGUCUAGGCAAAAGUCCUAUUCUCCUUCCACCGCGCGACUACGACACGGUGCACCGUCAGAAAGGCAACUUGAACAACAUAGACACAAGAAGAUGCUUGAACCAGAACAUAGUAGGGGUCAACGCUCGACGUAAGCUGGAGUCUUCGGGAGGAAGCUCUGGGAUCGGAAGCGAUCUUGCUCCGUCUCCAGAGAGGAAUGAAUAUCCACGUCAACACGAUAACCAUAGCACUAGUGAGGAAGACUGGGCAGAGAGCACUGCUUACAUGAUGCAUGAAGCUUUCGACGCAUCACCACCACGUCGCGCCACGUCACCGCGUCGUCCUGCGUCACCUCGCCGAGCGCCCUCCCCGCACCGCGCCAUUUCCCCGCGAAGAGUAUCUCCGCCGAGACGGGCUCUUUCUCCUCGGAACUACGACCGCGGAUACAACGAAGACUUCUCUGAACAGUACCGUGACCAACUAGCUCCAUUCCGUGAUCACACAUUCGAAAGACGCUUCCGGAACGAAUCCCUAGACCGAAAGGAGAAACAAGACAAAUUUAUCGACGACACAAACUACAGGAGACGGUACGUUGCAGACGCUAAACCCUCUAACCGAAGCAUAGACAGAGUGGAAGAUCGUCGAUUCGGAAAACUGCAGCGAGGAGCCAGCGAAGGGAGCCUGAAAAUCAACGAUGCUUCACCAAAGGACAGGUUCAACGUAGCAAAAGAAAAGUUCAUGAAUCUUGAACGGGAGCGAUUGAACCGCGAACUAGAACAACACAUGGCAAUUCGACGAAGCAUAUUAGAAAGGAAUAGUCGCUCGACUUCUUCUCCCGAGGAAGAAAGAAGGGACGAGCGACCGGACAGAAGAGACUUAAGCUCCCGUCGAGAACCGGAGCGUUCUCCUUUGGAGCGAUACAGAGAACCGAACAGGCGGAAGGAGCCAGAAAGGCCAGACGUCGAUGUCACUGACCUAGGACACAGAGAAAUUGAAAGGCUUCCACGGGUGGGACGCAAACGCGAAGAUGCCAAACGGUUCGAGUAUGGCGCCGAAGAAUACUUGAACAGGAUCGAACCGAAACCUCACCGAGAUGAUUUUGAUCGAUACAGAGACAGGAGGGAGUUGGACCGACGUAUUGACGAAGAUGAAAUCAUCGAACCGGUGAUAGAGGACCGAAGAAGAGACUGGAACGACCGGCAAAGGGCAUUCAGUCGCUCGCGGCUGUUGGAAGAUCAGCGCCAGUCUUACGCAGAAGGAGACAGGGACCGUUUUUACGAGAGGGACUACAGGGACUACCGUGAGCUCGCCGACAGACAGCCGAGCAAGUUCCGACACAGCUACGCCGAACCCAUCCCGAGGGGCCGACUUGGGACCGUCAGGCCUUAUUGACAUGCCAUAAUAGAUAUAAUAGGAUACACACACGUUUCAAAAUAUACAGGGUGGAAAGAACUAUUCACAUGGCCAAAACAAUGAAAAAAAUACAUGAAAUGGCAUUAUGAUUCAAAAACACUUUUAGUGAUUUGACAUUUCGUGGGCCAGCAUUGUAAACUGGACAAAAGUCAGCAGUCGACAACAAAUUGGCGAUGGACCGCAUUUGUUGCCGCAAUAAUGCCUAUCUUACGAAUCAUAACUGAAUAUUUUACAUACGAAUUUUAACAACUGCUGACCUGCAAGCCUUAGGUUACACAAUGCUGAUCCAUAAAAUAUCAAAUAACCAAAACGACUUCUAUUGAAAACUGAAUGUUAUUUUCCGGUUAAGUACAUACAUAUAAUACGUGUUAUAAUACAUUAAAAAAAAAUACCUUAUUACAACACUCUGCGUAUUAUUUAUGAAAAUGCUAUUGGUAUGCUGGGGAACAAAUCAAAUAUUCAUUAGUCAUACCGUAAAUGUAAGGUAAAAUUAUGUAUAUUCGGUAUAUUUGGUUAUAAAUGAAACCAAACAUAGAUCGUGGCGUACUAAACAUUCUUUGUUACAGAUUAAUCUUAACAUUCUACGUGAAUAUAAUUCGAUGCCUCCAAUGAACACUAGUCUAACUCAAAAUUUUGAAAUUUUCGUUCUUCACGUAAAUCGCUUCACUAUUUUAAAAGUAUUACAAAUUCAU